AUGUAGAAAAAAAAUAAUACUCGAGUUAAUAACGAACACAAUUAUUACAAUUUGAGGGAUUUUAAUAAAUUAAGAAACUGAUUAAAACGAAUCAAAAUGUUUUCAAAAUAUUAAAAAUAAUACACCACAAUACUAUUGGCUGCAGACAAAUUGAAUGAAUUACUUACUCAAAGACAGAAAUAUUAACUAAAAUGAAUCGUCAAGCGUUCAAGUUGAUAACAUUUGAUGUAACUGGUACUUUAUUAAAAUAUCGAAGUUCUCCAGCUGUAGAAUAUUCUAAUGUUUUAAAUAAAUAUGGCUUAGAAGUAAAAUUAUCAACUCUCGAAAAUUUGAUUAAUAAAAAUUGGACAUUUAUGACAAAAGUACAUCCAAAUUUUGGUCUUGAUACUGGACUUAAAUGGGAAAACUAUUGGAGAAUUUAUGCACAAAAUGUUUUUAGCGAAGCAUUUCAAAUAGAAAAUAUCACUGACAAUGUACCUCUGAGGGAUAUAAUUGACGAUUUAAUGAUGACUUAUAGUACUGGAGAAACAUUUAAAGUACAAAAUGGAGCAAUUGAGUUAUUGGAUUAUUUGAAAAAUGAAAAAAUACCUUUGGGAGUUUUGACUAAUUAUGACCCAAGAAUUAAAUCUAUGAUGACAAAUCUUGGCCUCUCACAUUAUUUUAAAUUUAUUUUGUCAUCAUACGAAGUGAGGUCAGAGAAGCCAGAUAUUAAAAUAUUUAGAAAAGCAGAAUCAUAUAUUGAAAAGGGUUUAAACCGUAAGCUAUUUUUGCAUAUUGGUGACUCUUAUUUAUUGGACUUUAAAGGUGCAAAAAAUGCUGGAUGGUCUGCAUGUUUAGUUCAUAUAGAUAAAAAUAUAAUUAAACAGUACCCAUCUUUAAGUGAUAGUGUAUUUGAUGAUUUUACAGCUUUAAAAAUGUUUUUAAUGUCAUGCAAUUCAAAAAAAAUGUAUUCUGAACAAUAGAAUUAUCAUUUUGAACACUUGUAUCCUUUCAAAUAUGUUAGACCUUUUGUUUUAUAUUGGUUAAGCUUUUUUUUAGUAAAAUUAACUACAAAACAUUUCAGUCUACUUAUU